AUCGCACCAUGUUUGUGAAGAGUUUUCUAUACAUUUCUGUGUUAAUUGCUUGGUCUUUGGGAUCAUUCCACACAACAUCAAGAGAUUUGACUAACUAUCAGGGAAAAAAUGAAAAGAACCCAAUAUCUUUGCGCUUGAUAAACUCAACAGAACCUCUUGCUUAUGAAGUAUGGUUGGAGACGAAGAUUCAUGAAAAAAUCUUAAAUUACAAUGGGAGAGUUAGAAUAAACUUAAGAGCUUUAGAAGCUGCAAAGAUGAUUACAAUUCAUUCAGAGAAACUCUUGAUAAGAAAUUAUACCCUCUUUGAUCAUUUUGGUAAUGUUGUAAGCAUCUUACGCAUGGAGGAGCAUGAGAGUGAAACUAUUUUGGAAUUUAGUCUGCAAGAAUCCCUAAAAGUUGAUCAGAAUUAUAUUUUGGACAUUGAAUUCCAAGGUUACCUGCAGAGCAUACCUCAAGGAUUCUGCUACACGCGCUACGUUGAUGCUGAUGGAGAGACUCAGUUUAUGGCUACAUCCAAUCUUCAUGUUACAAAUGCCAGGAUGGCGUUUCCUUGCUACGACGAACCUCGCUACAGGACUCCAUUCCUCAUUCAUAUCAUUCACCAUUCAACGAUGAAAGCAGCCUCCAAUAUGCCUGUUGCUUUUAUCACAAACAAUAACGAUGGUUCAGCUAUGACAACUUUUGAAAAUUCUGUCUCAAUGCCCGUGAAUUUGGUGGCCUUUGCCGUUUGCAAUCAUGACUCACAAAAAACAUUGCUUGAGGAUAAAAAUGUUGAAAUAAAAUUUCUUGUACCAAGUCACGUAACUGAUGAGACUAAUUUUGCAAGAGAUUUUAUUAUUUUCAUCCUGAAAAAGCUCGAAGAAUACUUAGGCGUGGGAUAUAACCUGCCAAAGCUCGAAUGUGUGAUCGUUGAUGAUGGGAUGCAUCUUGGUUUGGAAAAUUGGGGCCUAAUGGUGUUUGACUCAAAAAGUCUCCUGUAUAGAGAAGGUCAAACAACAGCAAGUCAGAAGAUGGAUAUUGCUAAAAUAAUUUGCCAUCAACUCUCCCACAACUACUUUGGGAAUUUAGUUGGAAUUUCUUGGUGGAACUACGCAUGGAUGACGGAGGGAUUUGCAAACUACCAAGAAUACUACUUCACAAAUAUGUACCUUACUGACUACCCAAUGCACGAUUUAUUUGUAGCCGAAUUCAUUCAGAGAAAUUUCGUUGAGCACUCCUAUUUAAUGUCUCAUUCACUUAAUCGGUACGUGCAGACGCGAAGAGAAGUAGAAGAGGCAUUUGACUAUGGAACUGCGAGCAAAGCGGCUGCUGUUUUACGGAUGUGUGAGCAUGCAAUUGAAGGGGCAACCUUCCAAAAAGGUCUUAAGAAGUAUGUAAAAGAAAUGUCUUAUCGUGUUGCAGAACCGUGUGAUCUCUACAAGAAUCUUCAGGAGGCAGUUAAUGAAGAUAGAACAAUUCCCGAAGAUAUAAAAGUAGUGGAUUUUCUCAGUUCUUGGGUAGAUCAACCGGGAUUCCCUUUAUUGACUUGACAGUCACAAGGAAUUAUCAAUCAAAUGAAAUUGUUGUGAAUCAACAGAGAUUUCUUGCAUCCCGAGAUGAGGUUGAUAUCAACGGCUUAUCGUGGUAUAUU